AUGGCCGAUCAUAAUGUAACUGGGAACAGUAUUAAUUACUCCUCCAGCAUAUCCCCACCAGUCCCCCAUCCUCCCUUCCAACCAGCCUCUCAAGCCUGGGGAUCUCCCGGCUCGAAGCACCCUCCACAUGACAUUUCCGCCCUUGUGGCCGGCUUCCUGGGCCCGUUCUUAGCCGGGCUGGAAGCUACCACCGGAGGCUUGGCCGCCAAUGGAGGCGAUGUUGCGCUGUUCACUUUGGUUAGGAAUUGGCCACCCUUGCGGGCGAUAUUUUGGACUCCUUUUGUGGGGGCGGUUGGCGGAGUUUCCGGGGUUGCCGGUGCUGAAGUUAGAAGCCCUUUUGAUGGUUGUAUUGUAGCGUGUGUAGUGUGGAGUAUAUGA